AUGCCUCUAUAUACAAAGUUCUUGAAAGAGCUUAUCAAUAAAACGAGAAGUUGGCAUGAGAAGAAAACCACUAUGCUCACUGAAGAAUGCAGUGCUGUGAUCCAAAGAGGUAUCCUACCAAAGCUCAAAGACACAGGGAGCUUUGUGGUUUCAUGCACCAUAGGCAAGAUGACAUUAGAGAAAGCUCUCUGCAAUCUAGGUGCUAGUAUCAAUCUGGUUCCCCUCUCAAUGAUGAGAAAGCUUGCCAUAGAAGAAAUCAAACCUAUCAGGAUGUCACUGGUGAUGGCUGACAGAUCAAUCAAGACAUGUAAUAGAGUUGUGGAAAAUCUAUUAGUGAAGGUUGGAGAGUUUAUCUUCCUGCAGACUUUGUGA